UUUAAUUGAAUGUUGCUGAAGAAGUGCCAAACUGAACACAUGGAGACGGAGAGCCAACAGUGGGCCGAGAGCCAAACUGAUGAGGACAGUGACUCAGAUGAGAUCAUGUGUGGAAUCACCGAGAGCUGUGCCACUGACCUGACUCGCCACCCUCAGCUGGAUACUGACGUAAAGGCAGUCAGGACUUUGUAUUCAGACUCUGCAGUCUCCAUCAGGGAGUACGGCUCAAUUGAUGAUGUGGAUGUUGACUUAAGCAUAAAUGCCAACGUUUUGGAUGAGGAAGCGACCAUAGCCUGGAGGAUUAACCCAUCAGAGCCCAUCGUUAUCCGACUGCACUUUUCUCCGUCUCAGUAUCUGGACGGACCUGCACCUUCAGUCGAAGUCUUUCAACCAUCCAACACUCAUUUCAGCCUUAGGAAACAACUACAGAAUGUUCUCACAGUCUUCUUAUCUCGGGAGUGGAAACAUUUGACCAAUGACAACGUCGUAGUCCGACAGAAGACAAGGCACAGCUGGUUCAGGCCAGGUGGGACCAUCAAGAAAUUUCGUGCGCGACUCAGCAUCUGGCUCCCUACAUCAAAGUCCAGUGAGCUCCAGGAACCCACUACGAAAGGAAGGAUCAUUUCACCAACGAUGAACCGUUUAAAAAAUCACACAACUUCCUACACCAUCAAGAAUCCCACAGGAGAGCUCUUCACCUACACACCCAGUGGAAAGAGGGUGGUGGUGUCAGCAGUCAAGUCAUCAGCACAGCUUAGUACCAAACAGCUGAUAGAGCUGCUUUUCUCCUCCCAGGCCAUCAGGCACUGUAAGACCACCCCAAGUCUGCAGCACGGCUUCUUGGUGCAGAUAAUGAGGUAUGCUGAGCAGAGACUCCCCACGCUGAACGAAUACUGUGUUGUCUGUGAUGAGCGACAUGUGUUUCAGAACGCCCCUAUGUUAAAGCCAGCGGUUUGCACCAGGGAGCUGUGUGUGUUUUCCUUUUAUACAUUGGGGGUCAUGUCUGGAGCUACAGAGGAGGUUGCCACCGGUGCAGAGGUAGUUGACCUGCUGGUGGCCAUGUGCAGAGCUGCCCUUCAGUCUUCACGCAAGGGCAUCAUAUUUGAACCGUACCCUUCUGUUGUAGAUCCGUGCAACCCCAAAACCCUGGCCUUUAAUCCUAAGAGAAAGAGCUAUGACAGACUACAAAAAGCACUGGACAGUGUCUUGUUAAUCAGGAGGAUGUCACAGGGUCCAUAUUCUGAAAUGAAGAAGCAGAUGGACAAGAUAGACCCUCUCGCUCAUCCCUUACUACAAUGGAUUUUAACAAGCAACAGAUCACACAUUGUGAAGCUUCCGCUGAACAGGCAACUUAAGUUCAUGCACACACCCCAUCAGUUCCUGUUGAUCAGCAGCCCUCCAUCCAAAGAGGCUCGUUUCCAAGCUGCCAGGAAACUUUACGGCAGCACUUUUGCUUUCCAUGGUUCCCACAUCGAAAACUGGCACUCGAUUUUGAGAAAUGGGCUGAUUAAUGCUUCGUAUACCAAAUUACAGCUUCAUGGAGCUGCAUUUGGGAAGGGCAUUUACCUGAGUCCGAUCUCAAGCAUAUCAUUUGGAUAUUCAGAGAUGGGUAAAGGGCGACACCAAAUGCAUACCAAAGAAGAACUCAUACAGAAAUGCAACCAAAUAAACAAGAUCAAACAGGAACAGCCGGGGCAGUCCAGGUUUCUGCAAAACAGGAAUCUAAACUGCAUUGCUCUCUGUGAAGUCAUAACGUCAAGGAACCUUCAAAAACAUGGGAACAUCUGGGUGUGUCCGAUAUCCGACCAUGUGUGCACACGGUUCCUCUUUGUGUAUGAGAACGGCCAGGUGGGAGACGUCCACAUCAACACUCAGGAAGCCAGGAUCCACAGGGAAAUUUUACAAGUAAUUGCUUCAAAGCCGUGCUGAGAAAACAAAUGAUUUAUUACUAGCGUGCAGAUUUCAUUUUAAAAAACAACUGACUGAGGAUAGAUCUUAGUUCUUUUGUGGCUAAAUAAUAAGUUUGGCUUUUAUUGGUUUGACAGGUGAGCAUAAAACAAUGUUUUAUAUUGAAUUUAUCAGAUUGUGUGUGAAUGAACGAAGAGGGCAUCUCUUGUUUCUGAUAUCAACUGCAAUAAUAUUAGAUGGAUGAAACGUUUUUGUUGUGUCAUACACCUGUAAAAGCUUUUUUUGCCUUAUAUCUUAAUGUACAGUCUGGUGUUAUUUAAAUCUAUGUCAUAACUAUGUACUGUAAACACAUUUUAUACCUU